UGAAGAUCCAAAGAAAGUCAUCCAUUGUUUCAAGGUAGCCCUAGCACUCACCCUAGUGUCAAUGUUUUACUAUGUGAGUCCUUUGUAUGAAGGUAUUGGAGAACAGAACACCAUAUGGGCAGUCAUGACAGUUGUGGUAGCCCUUGAAUACACAGCAGGAGCAACAAUAUAUAAAAGCAUAAACCGAAUGACGGCAACUAUUCUUGGCGGAUUUCUAGCCGUCGCGAUCCACGCAAUUGCUAUCCAGUUUGGCCAAUAUUUUGAGCUUGUAAUUGUGGGAAUUUCAGUCUUCCUUUCAGCUUUAGCUGCAACUUUCUCUAGAUUUAUUCCCACAGUAAAAGUUCGAUUCGAUUAUGGAGCUAUGAUCUUUAUCCUCUCCUACUGUGUGAUUGGGGUUUCAGGUUACCGGGUUGAAAAUUUGGUUGAGAUGGCCUACCAGAGAGCUUUAACCAUUGUCAUAGGGGUUGUUAUGUGCAUGCUUGUCAGCAUGCUUAUUUAUCCCGUUUGGGCUGGUGAGGAGCUCCACCACCUUAUUGCUCGUAAUAUGGAAAACCUUGCCAAUUCCUUGGAUGGAUGUGUCACAGAAUUCUUUAAGGAGAAGAACACGAAUGGCAACGUUGAGAAUCAGAAAAGUCUAUUAGGAUACAAAUGCAUUCUAAAUUCAAAAGCGGGAGAAGAAUCUUUUGCCAAUUUUGCUGUAUGGGAACCUGCUCAUGGUCCCUUCAACUUUAGGCAUCCGUGGAAACAAUACCUCAAAAUUGGGGCAUCGAUGCGCAACUGUGCCUUCUGCAUUGAAGUUCUUAAUGGCUGCAUUAACUCAGAAGUUGAGGCUCCUGACUCUGUCAAGAAACGUCUCAGUGAUGCCUGCAUCAUAUUGAGUUCCUACUCUUCAAGGGUAUUGAAAGAAUUGGCUAUUUCUACCAGAACAAUGAGAAGAUCUUCCAUAAUAGAUUUAUUGAUUGGAGAGAUGAAAGAUGCUCUACAACAGCUCCAAAUUUCUUUAAGGUCCCUCCCUAGCCUAAUCACUCCACCACCACUACUACUACUACCACCACCACCACCACCAACAAAGUUACCAGAAGGACCUGAAGAGGAGCAGGAGGAGAUAAAAGAGCCAAUUUCAACACCCACUAUCGUCCCUCUGAUUGAGGUUGCUCCUCUUGUCACCGUAGCUUCAUUAUUGAUUGAAAUAGUGUCACGGAUUGAAGGAGUAGUCAAAGCAGUGAAAGAAUUAGUGAAAUUGUUGGAUUUCAAACCUGAGAUCGAAAAACCCAUGCAGCCCAUCAACAACCCUAACUCAGAAUACCAAGAUCAACAAAACAUGAAAGCCCAACAAGAAGUUUGAAGAUCUAGAUAUCAUCUUAUUGGACAGAGUUUUCCUAAGGUCAUCAACAAGUUUGAAGAUUGAGAUAUUAUCUUAUUGGACAGAGUUUUCCUAAGGUCAUUGUA